AAUUCUCAUAAAAUAUACUAAACAUUGAGGUAUUAAUUCGAAACGAAGAGUAAUGGCUGUAGAAAAAAUUAGAAAGAGUUUGGUUCUCUUCUCUCCCAUUUUCGGUAGAAACAAAAUGAUCUACCGUAGUUUGUUUACCAACAAAUAUAAUUUCAAUUUAGUUGAUAGUAAACUCCCGUAAAAUUCUGGAACCGAAAAAUGACCGGCACCGACGAUGAUAACUGGUCGAUGCAGUGCUGCGAACUGGACGACCUGAUACCGGCACCGGAAGAGCUGGAGGCAGCCUACGUCGCCCUCGAAGCGGGAACCUACGCGCUGGAACUGAACUGGAAGUGUCCCGGUCGGCGGCCCCCAUCUCCGGUUCAGAAAGACGAACCCAAAAGCACCGAAGUCACCGAGAAGGAAACUCCCACCAAAAAUAAGGAGUUCGAUUUCAUGGACGAUGUGGGACUUCCCCAGAUGCGCGUGAGGAAUCAAAACACAGGUCCCAAGGGGUCGGCCAAAAAGAAAACCACCAACUUUGCCGGGGUUCUGGAUCAAAUGAAAAAGCACGGCCGCUUAACUCCAAUGAAGGAAGGUGGAUCUCCCAAUCCACCGUCGGGUUCCGCAGGUUCCGGAACAACUGCUCCUCCGUCAACCACAACCACCUAGUAGUUAAAAUUUUUGUAAACCUAAUUUAAGACUCUAAAUCAUAAGAACGAAAAAAAAACUCAACUCUCGACC